GGGGUCGGGGCCGGGCCGGGCCAGGGGCGGUGGAGCUCCUUGCUCGCAGAUUCCGGGGCAUUUUGUAUGAAGAUGGCGGCUCCCGUGGCCAGCAAGACAGGCUCGGGCUCGGGCUCGGGCUCGGGCUCGGGCGGCCACAAGCCCGCCUUCCCGGAGCUGGAUUUCCGAUCGGGGGCGCGCAUCGAAGAGCUGAACAAACUCAUCCAGGAAUUCAGCAAGCACGAGCAGCGAGAGUACGACGACCAGAGGGCCCUGGAGAUCCACACGGCCAAGGACUUCAUCUUCUCCAUGCUAGGAAUGGUGCAGAAAUUGGACCAGAAACUGCCUGUGGCCAAUGAGUACCUGCUCCUCUCUGGAGGUGUCCGGGAAGGUGUGGUUGACCUUGACCUGGAUGAGCUGAACGUCUAUGCCCGGGGCACUGACUAUGACAUGGACUUUACCCUGCUGGUGCCAGCCCUGAAGCUGCAUGACCGGAAUCAGCCCGUGACUCUGGACAUGCGCCACUCGGCUCUGUGCCACUCCUGGCUCAGCCUUCGACUCUUCGAUGAAGGCACCAUCAGCAAAUGGAAAGACUGCUGUACCAUUGUGGACCACAUCAAUGGGGCCACCAAUUACUUCUUCUCUCCUACCAAAGUGGCUGAUUGGUUUUAUGAUUCCAUCAGCAUCGUUCUCUCUGAGAUACAGAAGAAGCCCCAGAGAGGGAUGCCCAAAGUGGAGAAAGUCGAGAAGAAUGGGACGAUUCUGUCCAUCAUUCUUGGGGUGGGCAGCAGCCGCAUGCUCUAUGACAUCGUCCCAGUGGUAUCCUUUAAAGGCUGGCCCGCAGUGGCCCAGAGCUGGCUCAUGGAGAAUCACUUCUGGGAUGGGAAGAUCACUGAAGAAGAAGUCAUCAGCGGGUUUUAUUUAGUGCCUGCCUGCUCCCACAAAGGUAAAAAGGACAAUGAGUGGAGGUUGUCCUUUGCCAGGAGUGAAGUCCAGCUUAAGAAAUGCAUUUCCAGUAGCCUCAUGCAAGCCUACCAGGCUUGCAAAGCCAUCAUCAUUAAACUCCUCUCCCGCCCCAAAGCCAUUAGCCCGUACCACCUGCGGAGCAUGAUGCUCUGGGCAUGCGACAGGCUCCCUGCCAAUUACUUGGCCCAGGAAGACUACGCGGCGCAUUUUUUACUGGGCCUCAUCGAUGACCUCCAGCACUGCCUGGUGAACAAGAUGUGUCCCAACUACUUCAUCCCUCAGUGCAACAUGCUGGAGCACCUGUGUGAGGAGACAGUCAUGCUUCACGCACGGAAGCUCUCCUCCGUGCGCUCCGACCCUGCCGAACACCUGCGCACCGCCAUCGAGCACGUCAAGGCGGCCAACCGCCUGACCCUCGAGCUGCAGCGGCGAGGAAGCACCACCAGCAUCCCCUCCCCCCAGUCCGAUGGUGGGGACCCCAAUCAGCCCGAUGACCGAUUAGCCAAAAAACUGCAGCAGCUAGUGACUGAGAACCCAGGGAAGUCCAUCUCCGUCUUCAUUAACCCUGAUGAUGUCACCAGGCCGCAUUUCAGAAUCGAUGAUAAAUUUUUCUGAGCUUUUUGACUGACUUGUUUUAUUUUCUGGUUUUGAUCCUAAGAUUUCCAUGGUGUUUAGUGUGUAUGUGUGUGCGUGUAUGUGUGUGUGCGUGUGUGUGAAUUCUAUCUGUUUUUUACGUGUCCGGCACAGGUUGGAUCUGUCGAGAACAGCUGCUUAAAACAAGGUUCGUGGGUCUUCAAGAUGGUGCAGUUUCUACAACAGGACAUGACUAUCUCGCAUUCAGCCUUUGCUUUUUCUCUUCCUCCUUUGUGACUGUCAUGUUGGUGUUCUUUUGGGGGCUGGGGGCUGGUCCCAGCUUCAUUCUGGUUCUUUAAAGGAGGACUAGAGCCAUUGCUGCAGAUGCCCAGGGUCUUUCCAGCGAUCUUUCCCUCCCCUCCUUCCCUUCCUUCAUGUCGAGCUCUUGGUGGCAGUGGGGAAACAAUCUCCUCACACGGAAGAAGUCUAUUUUUGUCCGGGGCUUUUUUUAUUUUUAAUGAGCUUCCAUCACUUGGAAUGCUGGAGAGAAUGUUCUGAGAAGGGAACCAAACAAAUGCCUUGACGUUCCCCCUGAACCAGCCUCCCUGUCCAGUGCUCUGAAGGGCUUCUCUUUUUUCCUCCACCAAGAAAACACAUAGACUUUAAAAAUGAUUAAAUGCUACAAAUGGUGUAGCCUCGGAAGCAAUUUCUUUGAAUGUAAUCAUCCUCAAAGCCAAUCUUGUGUGGUUUAGAGGGUGAUCUUGCCAGUUUUCCAGGUGGAAUAGGUUGACUGAAUGCUAGUUGUAGUGGUGUAAUUAUUUGAAGCCUUAUUUAAAUCCUAUUAAAGAGCGUACCAUUGUUAAUGUUAUUUGCACUAAUGAAAUCUCUGCCAUUGUCUUAGUCCUUGUACGUGUGUUCCCACCUCGAUGACCAUCUGCCGGUGAAAUGCAGCCGUGUUGUCCCAGAGUCCUUCCCUGGAAUCAAACUGGAGCAAUCUUUUGCAUUGGUUGUCUUCUCCUUUAGAAAUGAGGUCAUGUUAUGCCUGCUUGGGCUUUCCUGCCUGAGACGUGUUUUGAAGGUAGUUGCCUGCAAUUCGAAUAAUUACCCAAAGUUCAAGUUAAGAGACAUCGGUUCCAUCAAGUGUGCACACUUCUCCUGGGGCAGAGAAAGGCCACCUCUGGGAUCACUUUUAAAAAUAAAUGUUGUGAGAAUGGAAGCGGUCCUGGCAACCGAGCUCCGCAUACUAGAUGUGGUACCAGCCGUGUACAAAGCAGAGUUGGAUAGGGCAGGACUACGGCGGGCGUUUGGAGACCAUGGCCAUGCACAGGAAGAUGUUUUGCAAUCUUGCUGAAUAGAAAGAAUUCUCUGGCGUCUACAUCAAGUACAGUCCUUGGCUCCUUUUUUAAUGUAGAGGUAACUCUAAAAUGAGGUACUGUUGGCUUGGACAGAGAAAGCCAAGGAUGGCCUGUCUGCUGCCCAGCUGCCCAUCCAAGGGUCAGGCAGCUUCAGCUCCAAGAGUCUCCCUGCUCUGCUGGAUGCCCAAGAUGGCGGCUAGAGCCAAGGGCUCCUUCAGCAUUCCCUUGGUGACCUCUAGCAUUCAGAAGUUUACAGGUCUUAUCUUGGUUGAAGUUGGGUUUUGCAGCCUUGGGGUUUGCAUGGGAAUUAAUGUUAUGUUUAUAAAAGAGAAUGAACUUAAUCAACCAUCUUAAGUCAAAGACAGGUCAAACAAUGAUAAUAAAAAACAGAAAUUUUCUGGCUUCGAAAA